GCCAAAAUGUCUGAAAGAUCAGAUAUCCUUCACUUCAAAUUUGAAAAUUAUAGAGAUUCAAUGUUACAAAAAAUGAGCAAAUUAAGAGAAGAGAAUAAAUUUUGUGAUGUUACGGUUCUCAUAGAUGAUGUUGAGGUGCAGGGGCAUAAAAUUGUUUUUGCUGCAGGUUCCCCCUUCUUAAGAGACCAGUUUUUACUGAAUGAUUCCCAAGAGGUGGAAAUCUCCAUAUUACAAAGUUCUGAAGUGGGGAGACAGUUGCUCUUAUCGUGCUAUAGUGGUGUGCUGGAAUUCCCUGAGAUGGAGCUGGUAAAUUACCUGACUGCUGCGAGUUUUCUUCAGAUGAGCCAUAUUAUAGAACGGUGCACACAGGCUCUGUGGAAGUUUAUAAAGCCAAAACAACCAAUGGAUAGUAAAGAGAGAUGUGAACCACAAUGUGCUUCUUCCCAAUCGAAAGAACAGCAGGGAGAUGCCAGAGGCUCUCCAAAACAGGACUUACUUUGUAUUCAUCCAUCUGAAGACAGUAUGGAUAUGGAGGACAGUGAUAUUCAUAUUGUUAAGGUAGAAUCUAUUGGGGAUGUAUCAGAGGUUAGAAGUAAAAAAGAUCAGAACCAGUACAUUUCUUCUGAACCCACUGCUUUUCAUUCAUCAGAACCCCAGCACUCCCUGAUAAACUCAACUGUGGAAAACAGAGUAAGUGAACUAGACCAGAGCCAUCUCCACAAUUACGCACUCUCUUACACAGGCAAUGAUGACAUCAUCAUGACCUCAAAUGAUGUUUUUGGGCCUAAUAUUCGAGGUGUAGACAAAGGCUUACAGUGGCAUCACCAAUGCCCAAAGUGUACCAGGGUGUUCUGUCACCUGGAGAACUACGCCAACCAUUUAAAAAUGCACAAACUCUUUAUGUGUCUACUCUGCGGCAAGACUUUCACUCAGAAAGGCAAUCUUCAUCUACACAUGCGUGUACAUGCCAGAAUUAAACCUUUCCAGUGUAAAAUCUGUGGGAAAACCUUUUCUCAGAAGUGUUCCUUGCAGGACCAUCUUAACCUUCACAGUGGAGAUAAGCCCCAUAAAUGUAACUAUUGUGACAUGGUUUUUACACAUAAGCCAGUUUUGAGGAAACACCUUAAAUAGCUGCAUGGCAAAAACAGCUUUGACAAUGCCAAUGAGAGGAACGUGCAAGACCUCACGGUGGAUUUUGAUUCUUUCGCUUGUACAACAGUCACAGACUCUAAAGGUUGUCAACCACAACCUGAUGCAACACAGGUCCUGGAUGCAGGUAAACUGACCCAAGCUGUCCUCAGCUUAAGGAGUGAGAGUACAUGUGUAAACUGA